AUGUGUGCCACAACUACAACCACACAAUCACACUCUCAUUUUGAUUUUCCUCUCAAAACUUCUCCUCAUAAUGAUGAUGUUGUUGUCACUCCUCCUCGAAAACCUCUACGACGAGCACUCAUGGAUAAAGACCUGGAUCAUCAUAGUAACAGAACACACAUUCAAGACGACGACGACGCAGACGACAACGACGAGAUGAAUUCCUCAUUCUGCAAUUUCAAAUCUUCAGAGAUUUCAUUCCUAUCAUCCACGACAUCUUCAUUAUCCACAAUGAUGGAAAGUAGUUUUUGUACAACGACAACGACGACCCAUUCUUCGAGUACAACCUCAAUGAGGACCAUUUGUACACCGAAAAACAAUGUCACAGAAUUAUUGGAACCAAUCACCAUGGAGACACCUUUUGCAACAAUGACGACGAUACUGACAUCAAGAGGAUCUGAAUCAAGUUGUUGUCCAACGAUUUCAUUGAGUAAUAUCAAACCAUCCAUGUGUAGUGACCAUCAUGAUGAUACAUUUGAGGAAGAUGAAACUUUGGAAUUCAUUUUGGUGGAUUCUCCUUGUAAACAAAUCAUGACUCAAGAUUCUGAAAUUUCUGAGCAGUUUCGUCAUGUACAGCAACAACGAAAUUAUGUAGCGGAUUCGAAUUGUUUGUCACCUCCCAUGUUGAAGAGAAAAAGUCAAAAAAUCAAAGAUUCAGAAGAACUCAUCCUUUCCAAAUACGGACAUCAAGAUAGAAGAGCAACGUUGACGCCAAUUUCAUCAGCAUUUCUCACACAACAUCAAACUCAACGAAACAGUUUGUCAAAGAAGGGAAAUUUCAUUCAUCGACUUUCGAUUCGAAAAUUGAAUGCAACACAUGAUGUGACAUUGAAUGAUCAUCAUUCCAUGUCACCACUCAUGUUUCUGAAAAACCUUGUUACAAUUCAAAAAUCCAACAGAACAAGUCCAUCUUCUCCUUCUUCUGUCUAUCAUUCGAAUUCACCACAAAUUAGUAACAACAUUCUUCAUCAAAUGAUCACAAGUCAUGGAGUGAGUGUUUAUGAGCUAAGUCAAACCCAUGAUGUAGUUCUCAUCUUUUUACGAAGUUUCACAUGUCCAUUUACAAAAUACUCCAUUUCUGAAAUGACCAAAGAAUAUCAACGAUUGAUUAAUAUGAAUACUCUUCCAGUAUUUGUUCAUCCAGGAAGUGGUUUCUUGGAACAUGAACCUUUGGAUAGAGUUAUAGAAUCCAAAUGUGAAAAAAAAGGACUCACUAGGUUAUGGCGAAGUUUCUAUAAGAGCUCUUCUUCCAGCAGUGGUCACAAUUCAUCUCAACAACGUUUAGCAUCUAGUAGAGACAGUCUACAUACCAUUUUUGGAGCAAAUUGUGUACAAUCCGAUCAAGAGAGUUUCAAUCUUUACAAGAGUAUUAUUGAAGAUUACCAUAGAGUUUCAGAUCCUACGGGUUACUUAUUUUUCAACCAUUUUAACAUUCGAAAACUGGCCAUGAAAUCUCUCAUUAAUCUAAGCUCAUUAUUUUCUGCAAUUACCAUGACAUUGCAAGGAUACAGUGUUGGAAUUUGUACGAAUCAUUUGUCACAAGUGCAUCGAUUACCAAUCAUGUUUCGUGUUUCCAAAGGUGAAAUUUGUGAGCAAUAUUCAUUUGUGGACAUGCAAGACAAACCUGAUUACAUUGAUUUUCUUGUAGAUGCCAACAGUGAAGAAUGUGUGAAUUUGGAUUAUGAAUUUUUAUCAUUGUCUCCACAAAAACCAAAUGCGACCAAAUCAGAAACAACAACUCCACAGCCGCACAAUGAAAUUUCUUGUGUGACCAUUCAUCCUGACAAGUAUAUUUACUCGAAUAAUAUUUCUUCAGUUCCAACAGAUCAAUUGAGAGACAUGAAUGACAACUUUGAAAAGAAUUCUUCAUCCAACAAACUUCGAAAAACAUUUUCAUGCUUUUUUGGAAGUAGUUCACCAUCAAGCUCACCAAGAAGGAGAAAUAACACUGGAUCGAGUAUGGAAGAUUUACUUUACACUGCAAGAAGACCAAAUUUACAAAUUUUGACAAGUACUGACGCGUUGAAAUCUGCUAGAAACGAAAUCCAAUCUUCUCUCUCAGAUAUUUUGAAUGAUCACAAGACGAGAAUUGAAUUCAAGAAUUUUUGUGAAACAUCACUUCAUUUGAAUACGUUUUGUUUGUAUGAAAAAUUGAAGUUCUAUCAAACACUUUUCAAAUCCAUGGAUCCAAAGACUCAGCAGCAUGCAAGCACUAACAAUAGUCAAACUCCAAAGUGUGUUGCCUUAACUGUUUUAAGAACGUUUUUAAAUGACGAAAGUAAGGCGUUUGUUUUUUCCGUUCAACCACAAACCAUUGAGAAGGUGAAGAAAAUCUAUGAACGGAAGGAAUUGUGA